CUGUCACCUCCUCCUUCCGCAACCACUGGAUAUAUGAAAACAUGGCGGCGCGGACGGAUCUCGGGGUUCCGCUGAGCACGCUUUGUCCCAAGUAUCUUCACGCCAACUCCACCAGCCACACCUGGCCAUUCAGCGCCAUAGCUGAGCUCAUAGACAAUGCCUAUGAUCCUGAUGUCAAUGCCAAACAGUUCUGGAUUGAUAAGACUGUGGUUGAUGGACAAGAAUGCCUCAGCUUCAUGGAUAAUGGAGACGGACUGAACGAUGUAGCUAUCCAGAGGAUGCUCAGCUUUGGGUACAGCGAUAAGACCGUUGUCAAAGGUAAAGCACCAAUAGGUAUCUAUGGCAAUGGGUUCAAGUCUGGAUCCAUGCGUCUUGGAAAAGACGCCAUCGUUUUCUCAAAGUCAAAGACCUCUUCAUGCAUCGGGAUGCUCUCUCAGACCUACCUGGAAGAGAUUGAGGCGGAGCAAAUAAGUGUGCCCAUCAUCAGCUUUGCAAACACAGACAAAAACAAGUUCUCAGUUGGAGAGAAGGACAAAGUCAGUCUGCAGCACAUCCUGCGCUAUUCCAUUUUCAAAAAACAGGAGGACCUUCUCAAAGAGCUCCAAGCCAUCAAUUCCUCCUGGUCCCCGGGAAAAACAGGCACACGGAUUAUCAUCUGGAAUCUCCGCAGGACAUCUGUUGGAGAACUAGAAUUUGAUUUCAAGAAGGACCGGUACGAUAUUCAAAUUCCAUCGGAUAUCAAUGAGUUGGGCAGCGACACUCAAUUGUCAUCAUACAUCCCUGAGAGUGUUUACUCUCUGCGGGCAUAUUGCAGAAUUUUGUACCUGAAGCCUCGGAUGCAGAUCGUCAUACGAAGUCAGAAGGUGCAAUCUCAGCUUAUCGCUAAGAGUCUCGCCUCCAUCAGAAAGGACAACUACAAACCAACAUUCCUGCCCAAACGCGUUCCUAUCACUUUCGGGUUUAACACCAAAAAUAAAGAGCAGUAUGGCAUAAUGAUGUAUCACAAGAAUCGCCUCAUCAAAGCUUACGAACGCGUGGGCUGUCAAAUGAGGGCCAACAAGCAAGGCGUUGGGGUCAUUGGCGUAAUAGAGUGCAACUAUCUUAAUCCCACCCACAACAAACAGAGCUUCGAUGAGACAGAUCAGUACAGGAAAACUAUGACCAACAUGGCCACCAAACUGGAGGAGUACUGGAAAGAAAUGCAGUACAGAAAGAACAAAGAUAAUCCAAACAACUCCACACCAGUGGAGGAUACCAUGAAGCGACCAGAUCAGAACUGGGCUCAGUGUGAAAGCUGUCGUAAGUGGCGCAAACUCCCCGAUGGGAUUGACUGCGACAAGUUACCAAAGGAAUGGUUCUGUCAUAUGAACCCGGACCCUCAGUUCAGGAGCUGCCAGGUAGAGGAGGAGCCAGAGGACUCAGAUGAUGAGCAACCUUCGUACCACAAGACCUACAAACAACAGGAAAAAAUGGACAAAAAGCAGCAAGAGAUGAAUAGAAAAAAGGAGGAGGAGAAUCGAAGGAGAGAGGAAGCGCUGCAAAUUGCUAAUCUCGCCAGAAAAAACCGGGAUCUUCAACGGCAACUGAAACGGCAAGAGCGUCAAAUGUCUGUCGAAUCACCUUCCACCUCCAUUACACCAAAGAGGAGGUCCAAUGCUGGUUCAACUCCAGUGAGGCCCUCCACAAUUUUACAAGCUGAUUGCAGCCCCUCAUAUAGCGAUGGUCUUCCAUUUAUUUCCAAUGUGGUCUCUCUGUCAAAAUCCCGUCCGAGGAAAAAAAGAGAACGGUCUGUUAGUCCUCCAACAACGACCAAAAGAUAUCUAGCAAAUGACUUCGAGAGGAGCAUCUGCGAUACGCCGACAUCUGUGGAUGUGAGCGCACCCUGCUCCCCUUCAGAGCCUGUUGGUCAGGAGUGGGAUGAUGAUACUGAUGAGGACAUUUUCCUCUUGGAAGAUGUCAGCACGCCCAAACCAAAAGAUCCCUGCUUUGCUUUGACUAAAGUGAAAAUAGAGCCAGAGCCAACCGAUGCCGGUAUCUCCAUGGUGUUGGAGUGUAGGGAUGACGUCGCCGUGGAGUCAGAGACAAACACUGCGGGAGAGAGCUCUACCGGGUCUGCGGCUGUUGGAGCAGAUCCCUCCCCGGCCCCUCCACCACAGAUGACCAGCACCAACACCCAGACAGAAGCACCCAAAGUAAAGAAGGAAGAGGAGGAUCCAACUCAAACUGAGGGGAAUGGAGUAGCUGGGCCGAGCACAUCAAAUGUAAAUGGUGUAGAACAUAUUUCACGUGCCUCCUGCAAUGAAGAAGGAGUCAUAAAGCAAGAGAGCGAGGUAAAUACUCAAAAUGACCAUCAAAGAAAUCUUCAGAACGGAGUGACACAUCCCAUGGAAGGUGACGAAAUUGCAGGACCUUCCCGGGCACCGUUCUCCCCACCUAACAACCCAAGUGUCACUGACGUGCAGGAACAACAAGACCAGCUCCUGGAGCUCUUGCAGGAGACAGCGCAAGAGAGAGACUCUUUAAAAGACGAAGUCAAUAGACUUACCUGCCAGCUGCAAGAAAUGCAGAGCAGACUGCUGGAGCCGUCUGAGAUCAAUGACAAGAGACGAUGGUCUCACCAGGCCAGCCAGACGCUGAAGACGGAGGAAACAGUGGAGGGGAUUGACUACAAAAGUAUGUUUGAGAAGGCAAAAGAGAAAGUUGAUGAGUUGAUUAAAGAGAAAGAGGCUUUACCGGCAGCUACUGAGAGCGAAUCCAGUCGUGUUCAAGAUGACGAGAAGGCCUCUGACGAGAUUGCACUGCAAGUUGACUCUCUGAUGCGGGAACUGGACCAAAAACACAUGGAGAACGAAGCUCUGCUAGCAAAGAACGACAUACUUCAUGUGGAGAGGAUGACCCUGGCUGAGGACCUUCGAGGGCUCAGGUCGAUGCUGCAGCAGCAGAGGGAAAACGCCGGAGAGGGAAGCACAACGCAACGGCAAAGAACCACGGAUUCUUCUGCACAAACUGAUACAGAGGAGGCCGCGGGGGCAACUGUCGCUGGCGGAGAUUCAGGCUCAGACACAUUCAGAAGCUUGAUCGAGCUUCGGCAGAACAUCGGCCGCCUUCUCAUCACCUCGAUUCCUGCUCUGUCCCUUGACCAAGUGAAUUUUGAGUGCAAUGUAAUCGAUGAGAUCCUCGAACAGUUUCUGUCUGAGAGAGAUUCUGUCAGAGAAGGGGAACAAGGGAAUUAACCAAAUCCUGACAUACACUAUGCCUUUUAAUAUUCCAUACAGAUGUCUUGGAAAUUAGAUUGUAUUUAUUUGAAUGUAUGACUUAUAAACCGAUUUUAUAUUGAUGCACAGUAAAUGCUAUAAAUUGCUUUACAUUAUAUAUUUUUUUUAAGUAACUUUCAGUCCGUCAGCCACCAUUGAAACUCUGUUCAGAUCCACCACUUUACACUGCUAUUAAUUUUUAUGACUGUUGUUGACGCGAAUGAGGUUUAACUCUGUAAAGCAGCAUUAGAUACCUUGAAAAGUGCUAUUUUAAUUACAGUUCUUCCUCUUCUUAUUCUUCUUCAUCUUCAUCUUGACCUUUUCCUUCUUCUUCACCUACUUCUUCUUUAGCCACUUCCUCUUCUUCUUUACCUAUGUCUACCACUGCACUUUCUGUUUCCUCUUCUUGUCCCACUUCCUUUUCAGCAUCCUUCUUAAUUUUGUAUCCAUUGUAGCCAUAGAGUGACUUUUUUAAAGCUUUUCCAGACAAAAUGCAAAAAAUCCUGUUUAGGUUGUUCCGAUUAGAGCCUGAAUUGUAUUUCUUAAUUGUUUGUCUUUGAUUUGUACUGAAUCAAGUUUUGUUUUUAUUCUGCCAAAUAAACUUUGUUUGCUUUCUUUA